AUGGAUUCAGCAGCUGCGACAAACGUCGUGCUAGUGCGACACGGCCAGACGAAUUGGAACGCGGAAAUGCGGCUUCAAGGCCACAUGGAUCCGGAGCUUAACGAACAGGGCCGGCAACAGGCAGCGGAGCUGGCAGCGGCGCUGCGGGAGGAGCCCUUUGAUGCAGUCUACAGCUCGGAUCUCAAGCGGGCGUUACAAACCGCCGAGGCCAUCGUAGCUGGCAGGCCGAGCGUUGUACAGAUCCAUACAAGCAUAGCGCUUCGUGAGCGGGCGCUCGGGGUGCUGGAGGGGCUGACGAUGCGCGAGGCCGCUGUACGGCAAAGUGACGCGUGCCGGCUUCUUCGCGGCCAAGACGAGGACACAGCGCUCCCGGGCGGCGGUGAGAGCGUUAACGCGAUGCGGCGGCGGGUGGUGGCGGAGAUUGACCGAAUCUGUUCGGAGCACCCCGGCCGCACGGUGCUGGUGGUGGCGCAUGGCGGCGUGCUGCAUGCGGUUUAUCGGCACGCGGUUGGCCGUGUGUACGGCGGCGCCAUUGCCAAUGCCUCCCUUCACCGGUUGCGGGUGCAGGGGGGCGUGUGGGUUCUGGUCGAGUGGAACGUACGGCUGGUGAUGGCAUUGCUGGGUACCAUUGCUUGCGAGCGUGGGCAUUACGUCAGGGACGUGGACCUUCUAGCGCCGACCAAACGCGCCGUCAGUGCGCUCGGCGCUGCGGAAGUCAGAGCCGGCGGAGGUAGCAGCGCUGGCGGAUUUGCCGCCGGCGCCAGCAGCAGUGACGCCGGCGGAGACCAGCCGAACGGCGUCAGCAGCAAUGAUGCUGGCGGAGACCAGCCGAACGGCGCCAGCAGCAGUGACGCCGGCGAAGCAGCGCCAGACCGCAUAGCCAUCAGGCUGAAGGCUGGCAAGCUGCGUUUGUAUCUGCUGAGUGUUGAGCAGUCGGCCUGGACCGCGGACUUGUCGGCCGAUCUAGCUCGUCGGUACUAGCAAUUUGUAGUAAGGCCCCUAGUGCGACACGAGGGGGCGUGUUGAUGCGAAGGAUUGCCGUGUCGCCCUGUGGCCUGUUUGGGUAACUUGUCAGACUAUCGUGAGUGACAGCUGAGGCCGGUCUGAGGUCGUAUGUUAGACUGAGUGACAGCUUUGGACCUGUCUCGGGAGGCCCGUCAAAACGGCUGUUAAGUUCUAGCGUACCGGUAGCUCUCGUCCUUUGGGAUAGGCUUUCCAAGCCUUUAUAAGUCUCUGCUGUUUAUCGGUAACAGUACCUCAGAUUCACACGUUUACGCCUAGGCAAAGGGGCUUUCGGUGGUAGGUCGCGGAUCUCCCGAAUACGUGUAACGGCUAAUGUCUCCU